CUUUUUGGCAGUUCGUAACGGGCUCUUAGGUUAGAUCCCACACGGACACAGUACGAGAUUUGCUCUGCUCGCUCGUCGGCGAUUCUACGCCGCCGCCGCCGCCGCCGCCGUGUUCUUGAUUUUUGUCUGCCGCGCAAGGUGAAGUUCCAGCUUCCAAGGCUCGGCUCGAUCCGGAAGCCGCCAUGCUGCGCCACCUGAAGUCGGCCGCGGCGAGGAGCCCCAUGCGCUCGCCGCCGCCGCAUCCUCCCUCCGCACCGGCGCCGAGGGACGAGGGGUUCGAGGAGGAGGAGGAGGAGGAGGAGAGCGCGAGGGCCAUCGCCGUCUCCGACCAGAGGACCAUCUACCUGGUCCGCCCCGCCUUCACUCGCCCCCUCACCCCCUCUCCGAUCUCCACGGUGAACAUGUUCAUAGCGAACACGGUGGAGUUCCUCAACUCGUUCGCGGCGCAAUGCAAUGACAAGCUUUCCCUCCUCCACAGGAAAAUAGUGAAACUAGACUCAUCUCUCAACCUUCUGGAAGCAAAACUACGCAGUAUUGAUGACACUAAUGCAUUUGGACAUUCAACAAACCAAAAGGCACAUGGAUUAUUCACACAAGAUGGAAGAUUUGAACCUACAAAUUUAUUGGGUGAAUCCUCUAGGUCUGGUGAUGCUUGAUUAUGCUACACUGGAAGGCAGGCAGCGUGAGGAAUAGCCUACCUGCUGAAGGACAUAAGGGAGCUGACAUGAAAAGCAUGGAAAAAGAUGGCCAUCUGUGUUGGAUCUUUUGGAGCAACAGAUAAUUUUAUGCACAAAGAAGCUUACUGGUUUGGUUUGGACAAGUCAUGUUCACCUUCAGUCUGUAACCAUGCAUAAGCUUAUCCGGGAAUUUUGAGAUGCUGCAUUGCUCUGUCCUAUUUUAUCGUCCUGGGAAGGUUUGCCCAAAGGUAGUGAAAUUGAAGGGAAGAGUCCAAGAAAAAUUUACAGGCAUUUUGCCUCCCUGAGAGAGACUGAUACCAAAAGUUUGAGAUGCAACAUACUAAAUUUAUACUGUACUAACUAGUUUUUGACUACGGCAUGUAAAAAACAUUUUAGCUGGACAGAAGUCAUCAAAUUGCUUUAGUUUUGCCCUCGUUACAGAGGUAGAAUAGAGUUCUUAAACUGCAGUAUUUCUGAAGCACAAAGAGUACGGAAUUCAGAACUGA